UUUAAUACUCCCAGAGAUUUGCUUCUCUUGUGAAAUUACAACAUUUCUGAGGUUGGCCGAAUUCUGCAGUGGAAAGAGGCCGCGACGUCGCAUGAUCAGUUCGCAGGAAUUCACACGAUCCAGUUUGUCUACAUGAUGGCGGUGCCUCAGAAUGCCUCGGUCACUGAGAAGCUCACUUCAUAUCUAACGAAUCUGAAUCCUAUUCCGAGCUUUCCAGAGUAUACGGGCCCAUACAAGGUUGGAACUGUCGAUGUCGAGAUACCCGUCUCCGAACUGGAAUCGCCUGCACCAGCACCAGACAACGCAACCGAGAUUGAGACGGUCCAGUUCCGCGUAUUCUAUCCGGCGCAGCCAAAUUCACAUGGAAAACGGAUAACAUGGCUUCCUGCACCGCAACGGCAUUACUUGUCUGCAUACAUCAAGUUUCUGGGGAUCGGAUCGCUCGUGGCGGAGGCAGUAUCCUUCUUGCCACGCCAUCUCCACUACACGACGAUACCCGCCAUCAAGAAUGCACCGAUCUUAGAAGCCGAGACGCCCAACAAGCGAUGGCCAACCGCCGUCUUUUCCCAUGGGCUUGGCGGAAACCGCAACAUGUACUCACAAGUGGUAGGAUCUCUGGCAUCGCACGGCGUUGUGGUAAUAUGCCCCGAACAUCGCGAUGGAAGCGCGGUUGCGUCCUUCGUCCGGAUACCCUCUCAACAGAACCGAUAUUUUGUGCGAAACACGCGGCGUGUCGUCCCAUACGAGCACAUACCACACGACGCAACAGACGAAAUAUACGCAGCAAGGUGUAAUCAGCUGCAGAUACGGUUAUGGGAGUUGGGUCUAGUCCACGACGCGAUCCUGGGAUUAGACAAAGGACUCAAGCGCACGAACCUCAACACAAGUACACCGUCCCUAGACGAUUUCAUCAACCGGCUGCAUGUCCAUGAACCGGGAAGCAUCAUCUUCGCUGGGCACAGCUUCGGCGCCUCUUCCAUUGUCCAAUUUCUUAAAUCUGUUUACUACGCCGGCUCCCCGGAACUUGCCUCCAUGGCCGAACCCCUCUACAGCCCGUCACGCGAAUCAUUGAUCUGCAAGCAGAUCACCCCGCAAAACGUCACCAUGCUCCUAGACAUGUGGUGCUUCCCUCUGCUUGCUCCGCGAGUAAAACCACUCUUCGACCUCCCCCUCCCGAUGUACGCCGACGUCCCGUCCGCCCCCGGCGGCGCGGCUCUCCUCGCCGUCGACUCCGAAGCCUUCUUCAAGUGGAAAGAGCACCUGCACGUCACGGCCCGCGUCCUGUCACCGAAUCCAGCAGCUUCCGUAGUCAAGCCCGGCGCUUACGAGCGGCCAAGCGGCGUCAAGCUGACCGAGCCUAACUUCUUCUAUGUGGUGAAUUCGGCACAUGCGAACCAGUCCGAUUUCGGCUUGUUGUUCCCCUGGCUGACGAAGAAGGUGUUCGGGUCGGAGGAGCCGGAGAGAGUCUUAAGGUUGAACGCGCGCGCUUUACUGCAGGUCCUGAGGCUGAACAACGUACCUAUCGCACGAACAUGGUUCGGUGAUCUGGUCGACGGAGCGUCUGUGGGCAAAUUUACGACGAGCGAGGCGAUGGCGGGGAAUAAGGGGGUGGACGACGGGAUUCAUGACGACAAGGCGAUUUUCGACCGGAGUGGCACGGAUGUGGUGGAGGCAUGGAAGUGGGUUGACAUAAGGGGUAUGGGAGACAGCGAAGGGGCCAAGGGCGAGGGCAAGCUAGGAGAUAAGGUUGCUGUUGAGGUGCAGGAGCCGGAGAUGGCGGGCGAGAUCGAGCCGCAGAUUUCCGAGGGGCAGGCCAUCAAUGCUAUAGCGGGUUCGGAGAAAUAAAUUGGAGUGGAAAAGGGAGUAGAUUUGGGGUUUUCAUUGAGGGGAGUCACAUGAUUGAUCAUGGCAUGGAGUUCAAAUACAGGUGGGAAGUCACAUAUGUCUAGGUCCCUGGUAUAGAAAGCUAGCGUGAUGUGAAUAAAUCUAUAACAAAUCUGGGGAGAUUCAUU